UCCCUUUUCUUUUCAUUAUCCACUCAUGGUCGGGGGGACACGUCUAGCGCGUUUGAUUGACAGCGUCAGUGGGCGCUUUUACUAACUUGGUUAAUUUGGGUAACAUCCUUCUUUCUAUUUACAAGUUCACUCACUGGCACCACGAAGUCUUGGUUGACAAAUUAAAUUAAAUUGAUUAAAGAUGUUUCUGGCUAAAAGACUCAUUGGUGGCAUUUUUGAUGUUGUAAGCAAUAUUGAUCCAGCUGCUUUUGUGCCCUCUGACCCACCCGCACCACGAAGGCCACUUGCAUAUGCAGAGCAGAGUGAGAGUGAUGAGGAAAGACAGUUUCGCAAAGUCUUCCAGCAGUUGGCUGGAGAUGACAUGGAGGUGAGCCCCAUCGAACUGAUGAACAUCCUGAAUAGAAUUAUUUCCAAACAUGGUGACUUGAAGACAGAUGGGUUUAGCAUAGAGUCCUGCAGGAGCAUAGUGGCAGUCAUGGAUAGUGACAGCACUGGAAAGCUUGGAUUUCAUGAGUUCAAACACCUCUGGAACAAUAUCAAGAAAUGGCAGGGUGUGUAUAAGACUUAUGACACUGAUGGCUCCGGGAUUAUUGGUGCAGAUGAACUUCCCAACGCUUUCAGGGUUGCAGGCUUCCGCCUCAACGACCAGCUGUUCCAGAUGAUCAUCCGGAGAUACAGCGAAGAGAAUGGGGACCUGGACUUUGACAACUACAUUGGCUGUCUUGUGAGACUGGAUGCUAUGUGUCGUGCCUUCAACACCUUAGACAAGGAUAACAAUGGAACCAUCAAGGUCAAUGUUCAAGAGGUAAGCAUGUCACACUUACAAGCUGUACCAAUGAGAUGGUUUUCUGAAUGUAGUUAGCCUAGCAAAGCUACUUUGGUUAUCGGCAUCACUGUACAAUGUGUUCCUAUCACACAAGAGGUCAAAACCCACCAUUGUACAGGGUUGAUGUCAAACAAUUGUUUUAAUUUGUUUCUUUGCAGUGGCUCCAGUUGACCAUGUACUCCUGAGCUUAGGACAUGCCUACAGGUGUUUACAAUACCACUCCAUUUCUCUCUACUUCAUGCUGUGUUUUAGACCACUCCAUGGACGCCCUGUGCCAGUCAACCAGUCCCCCAGUGUAUGCAGGUUUCUCUACAUUAUUUGCAACCUACACAAUGUGAAUACAGUAUUUUUCAAACAACAAAAGGGGAGUUGUAGACUAACGUGGGAACUAAAAGCUGCACACACAGCGGUUCUAUGGGCUGACAUUGAGAACCUCUGGGCCAUUCGAUGCAGGUCUUGCAUUCAACCAAGAGUAUCUGCUUGUUUUCCUUUUGAAUUGAAGAAAAGACAGCCAUAGCCUGUGUAGAGGUUCUUUCCAAUAGCUCUCAAAUGGUAAUCAUUUACAAGCCAUUUCUGAAAUAGUCUAUAACUGUGACACAUAAUAAUGCCAGCACAAUGUUAGUUUUUAUGUCUAACAAGAAAAAUGUGGUUUGUGCCAUUGCUUCAUGAAACCAACAGAUGCCAUUAAAGGAUUUGGUAACUGUUGCCAUAAGUCA